CGCAGUGUCCACCACCCCGGGCCUCACGUCCCGGGCGGCCGAGGGCGGCAUGCGGGACUACGAGGAAGUGACCGCCUUCCUGGGCGAGUGGGGGCCCUUCCAGCGCCUCAUCUUUUUCCUGCUCAGCGCCAGCAUCAUCCCCAACGGCUUCAACGGCCUGUCGUCCGUGUUCCUGAUGGCGACCCCGGAGCACCACUGCCGGGUGCCCGACUCGGCGAACCUGAGCAGCGCGUGGCGCAACCACAGCGUCCCGCUGCUGCUGCAGAACGGCCGCGAGGUGCCCCACAGCUGUCGCCGCUACCGGCUUGCCACCAUCGCCAACUUCUCGGCGCUGGGGCUGGAGCCUGGGCGCGACGUGGACCUGGAGCAGCUGGAGCAGGAGGGCUGCCUGGAUGGCUGGGAGUACAGCCAGGACGUGUACCUGUCCACCAUCGUGACCGAGUGGGACCUGGUGUGUGACGACGACUGGAAGGCCCCGCUCAGCAUCUCCUUGUUUUUCGUGGGUGUGCUGGUAGGCUCCUUCAUCUCGGGGCAGCUGUCAGACAGGUUUGGCCGUAAGAAUGUGCUGUUUGUGACCAUGGCCAUGCAGACGGGCUUCAGCUUCGUGCAGGUCUUCUCCACAAACUUCGAGAUGUUCACUGUGCUGUUUGUCCUCGUAGGCAUGGGCCAGAUCUCCAACUACGUGGCAGCAUUUGUCCUGGGAACAGAAAUUCUCAGCAAGUCGGUCCGGAUCGUGUUCUCGACGUUGGGCGUGUGCAUCUUCUACGCAGUGGGCUUCAUGGUGCUGCCGCUGAUCGCCUACUUCAUCCGGGACUGGCGGAUGCUGCUGCUGGCGCUGACGGCGCCCGGGGUGCUGUGCGCCGCGCUGUGGUGGUUCAUCCCGGAGUCUCCCCGCUGGCUCAUCUCCCAGGGACGCUUUGCAGAGGCAGAGGUCAUCAUCCACAAGGCCGCCAAGAUCAACGGUGUCCUGGCCCCUGCCACCAUCUUCGACCAGAGUGAGCUACAAGACCUAAACUCCAAGAAACAAGCGUCUCACCGCAUCCUGGAUCUACUGCAAACCCGGAACAUCAGAAUGGUCACCAUCAUGUCCAUAAUCCUGUGGAUGACCAUCUCCGUGGGCUACUUCGGACUGUCCUUGGACACGCCUAACCUGCAUGGGGACAUCUACCUGAACUGCUUCUUGUCGGCAGUGGUGGAGGUGCCGGCGUAUGUGCUGGCCUGGCUGCUGCUGCGAUACCUGCCCCGGCGCUACUCCAUGGCCGCCGCCCUCUUCCUGGGCGGAGGUGUGCUGCUCUUCGUGCAGCUGGUCCCUUCAGACUUGUACUACUUGGCUACCAUCCUGGUGAUGAUGGGCAAGUUUGGAGUCACUGCUGCCUUCUCCAUGGUCUACGUGUACACGGCUGAGCUGUACCCAACCGUGGUCAGAAACAUGGGCGUGGGCGUCAGCUCCAUGGCAUCCCGUCUUGGCAGCAUCCUGUCACCCUAUUUCGUGUACCUGGGUGCCUACGACCGCUUCCUGCCUUACAUUCUCAUGGGGAGCCUGACCAUCCUGACCGCCAUCCUCACCUUGUUCCUCCCAGAGAGCUUCGGCGUUCCCCUACCAGACACCAUUGACCAGAUGCUGAGGGUCAAAGGAUUGAAAUACAGGCACAACCCAAACCACACGAAGAUACUGAGAGACAGCGAAGAGAGCCCGGCAAUACUUAAGAGCACAGCGUUUUAGCAGCCUCCAGUGAAGGGGAAUGACUGCGCCCUGACACA